AGCUUGGCUCCUGUUCAAUGACAGCAGCCCCGCAGCUGGCGCCGGCCCUCGGGGAAACUAUGUAUGGUCAAGCCCAGCAGGGAGUAUGGGAGAUAGUUGGCGCUGUUAAAGUGAAGGACGGGCUCUUUAUAGGAGACGAAAUGGCUGCUCAGGAGUUGGAAUUUGUCGUUACCAACAAAGUCACACAUGUCAUCAAUUGCUGUGGCCGACAAAUACCCAACCACUGGGAGCCCAUAGGGGUAGUUUAUCUAACUUACUACUGGCUCGACAAUGACUCCCAAGUAGUUCUAGACGCCCGGGAUGUAGUCGUUGACGAAGUUACUGCUUUUAUAGACGAGGCCUUGGACAAUGCAGAAUCGAUUCUUAUCCAUAGUGAACGCGGUCAGGGGAGAUCCUGUGUAGUUUUGUGUGCUUACCUAAUGCGAAAAUACCGCUGGGGAAUGCGGAAAACAUUGGAGUUCCUGCAGUCUAGGAGGCCGGAUGUCAAUUUAAGGCCGAGCUAUCUACAGCAACUCGGGGCCUUCGAAAGGCGGCUCAUAUCCUCGCAGAAGAUGAAACUAUCGAGUGACUGGAGUUUGUCAUCGGUAACGCCCCAGCUGGACUCCGAAGAGUACCUGCUGCGGAAUACGUUUAUGAACAGCCAAAUGGGCCCGCUGGCGGACUUAUCUAUUCGGAGUGAUAAGGAUGUGAAACUGUAUUAUGGCAACUUGAUGAACGGUGUGAUGCGGCGUAGCAUUGAUUGGAGUGACGCCGGCGAAGAUGAUAAAGCACGGCUAGAGGUGCCGGGCAACCCACCGCGGGUUCAGAAAUUGUCAACAACAAUAGAACAGCCGGUGAAGUCGUGUUUGAAAGGAAGUAGGGCGGCAAGGCGUGAGGCUAGUGACCAUAGCCCUGAUAGUGCUAAGGGAGGUCUGCUUAACAGACCACUACGAAGUGCCUCAUUGAGCAUGGAUACACUGAACACUUCAGUGGAGCUCGGAAGCGGUGGUGGAGGAGUUAGUCGAAGGAACAGUCUUGAUGGAAGUCUACUACGUGCUCUGUCGGGGGCUGAUGAUGAUAGUAGUCGUCGAGGGGCAGAGGGGAUGCAGAAGGACCGGGGCCGGGGUAGAGAUCUUGGAGGCAACGGUAGCGGCGGUCCAUCGAGUAAGUAUUGGCCCUGCCUCCUUUGCUGUUUGGGAGGAUUAGAUAUUGGCCUACCAUCGAGACUUGGGAGUACGAGGAUACCAACGAGAGCAUGGGGUGAUACGUCCUCGACAGCGGCUGAGGAGUCACCGCCCUCCCGGCGACCCUCGACGCCGAUCCUCCGGGAAACUAGUGAGAAUGGAGAGUCCAAUAAAGAGUUGUGGGCUUCGGGCCGAGGGGAUGGACCUAGCCGACGGUUGCCCAGCCCCACUAUGGGGUCUAGCAAUCCCCUCAGGAGCUCCUCGCUUAGUCGGCGGGAACCCUCCCCAGCUGGCCGUGCUCCUCCUCCUCAGCAGCAGCAUCAUCAUCGGUAUGGCCAUAGAGACCCUAGUCCGGGGAACCAACGCUUCUAUAGUGGAAGUGGUAGUAGUUAUCAGCGAUCCGACAGUCCUAUGAUGAGGAGUUAUCAGAGAUCGGCUACCUCGCAGCAGUCGCAGCAGGAACGUCGCGGCCUCCUCAGGGGAUUACCGUCCAGCAGUGGUAUGGGCUCAUUGAUGGGCUCGGCGGCCUCCUCGAAAGGAACCGCUACGACAACAUCGUCCCUCCGACAGAACUAUAUGGGCACUAGUAGUCUCAGAAGCAGCCAGGGUUCGAUGCCUACUGGGGCGGUUACUUCUUCGGAAGGAUUAGGAAUGCUUGACCCGAGCAAACGAGGGCUCCCGGGCUCGGCAGUGGGUCGGCGGCCAAAUACUGCGCCUAGCUUGGCCAAUGGCAGCAACAGCAGUAGCAUGAGGUCCUCGCCCACGGGCUCCUAUAAUCGGCCCCCUUCCCCCUCUGUGAGGUCUAGGCCAGCGAGCCCCAGUAUGAGGCCCUCUCAGAGGCCCGGGUCGCCAUCACCACAGAUGAUGCACCAGCACAACAGCAGCAGUAAUGACAACAUGAAAGGUGGACUGGUCGGCGGUGUUGGGCCACCGUUUGACCGAGUGCGGCAUCGUAGCCUUACUGGGCACAUGAGAAGGGCUCCGUCCCCUACACCAGCAUUCAAUCGUAACUCCCAAUCGGGGAAACCGAGGUGGCGGAUGUGACCUUGAGUACCUCUGUAGCAUUGUCAAUACAACGCGAGUUGACGGUAUUUUGUAUUGCCUCCUGUGUUGGUUCAUUAUGGUUUGGAUGCUACUGGUGAUUAGAGCACUUCACGUCAACAUGCUAAGCAUAUCAUUCAC